AUGGAUUUCCUUGGAGUCCCAUCUUUCUUUUGUACAGGAUUAUCGGAUCAAAAAUUUGAAGAAACUUAUCAUCAAAUUUAUCAAAAUAAUAUACAAAAUUAUUAUUCACUGAUGAUGAAUAGUUUAUCAAAAUGUUCAACAUUAUCUGAAUCAACUGAUAGUCAAUUAUGUUUCAAUUCAAAUUUAACACCGACUACAAUAACAACAACACCAACCACAACAACACCGACAACAAUCACAAAUAAUUCUUUCAUGACAACAUUAUCUACUUAUAAUGAUAAUAGUAGUAUAGAAAGAAAUUUAAAAAAUUCAUUACUGAUGAUGGAUGAACAAAAUGAACCAAUCAAUUUGUGUAUUCGUGAUCAAUUGGAAUUAAAUUCAACACAAUAUACAAAUAACAUGAAAAUUAUGAAUAAUAUGUUUGAUGUGAAUAAUUUUAAUAAAACUAAGGAUAAUAAUAAUAAUAAUAACAAUAAUUACUUGACAAUUAAUGACUUAAUUAACAAUAAUAAUAAUAAUAAUAAUAAUAAUAAUAAUAAUAAUAAUUCAUUUUAUCUAACAGAUUUAACUAAUAAAAUGAAUAUGAAUUUAUUUACUAAUAAUAAUCAUAAAAAUCAAAUCAAAUCAAUCGAUAUGAGGAUCAUACCAGAUAGUUUAAAUCAAUAUUUUAUCCUGAAUUAUAAUAAUGUAAAUUAUAAAAUUGAUUGUAAUAAUAAUAAUAAUUUUGCUGCUACAACUAAUACUACUAACAACAAUAAUAAUAGUAGUAAUAUUCAAGGUAGUUCAAUGUAUUCCACAAUACGUACACCAUCGCCGACAAUACAACAAUCUAGUCUUAUUGAUCAAGAAUUUUUAACAUCCACACCUGUAUGGCGUAAUAAACAACUUGCAGAUGAUGUAGAAACAACAGAAAUGACACGAGAAAAACAAAAAGACGAAAAAAUGAAAUGGAGAAAAUAUUCACGUCAAACGAAUCGUUUAUAUUAUUCACGUAAUAAAAUUAUUACACAUACACAACGUAAAAUGAAUAGAAAACCGAAAAUUGGUUUGAAUAAUAAUAAUAACAAUGUAUAUAAGAAUUUGACUAGUGGUGAUGAUGUUGCUAAUGAUGUUGAUGAUGAUGUUAAAGAAAAUGGUGAUAUUUGUAAUGCAAAUACUCGAUCGAUUUGUAGAAGACGUCGUGUUGGUUGGCGUGGUACAACAAUAUGUGCAGCAUGUGGAUUAAUGUUUGAAGGAAUGAAUCAACUUAAUAUGCAUUAUUCAAUGAUACAUGGACGUCUUCUAGAAUCUGAAUGUAAUUUUGCUCAAUAUUCGAAUAGUAAAACAUCAAAAUUAUUAUUUCAAGCUCAACUUGACCUUUUAAUAUCUGAAAAACAAUUACAAAGCAAUAAUUCUCUAACAUCUACCAAUACUACUACUACUUCCACUACUACUGGUAUGAAUGAGAAUAAUUUUAUUCCAACAACCUCAACUGCAACAUCAACAUCAAUAGUAACUUGUGAAGAAAAUAAUCACAAUAGUCAAUCAACCCAUCCAAUCAAUAAACCAGUAGAUCAAUCUGCUCACCAAGAACACCAACACCAACAAGCAGUCAAUAAUCCUUCAAACAAAAGUUAUCCUUGUCCAAAAUGUAAUUAUACAGCAAAAUGGCCAACAGAAUUACAAAAACAUGUUAUGGUACAUGCUAAUUCACGACCAUUUAUUUGUUGUGUCUGUGCAACAAGUUAUAAAUGGAGUUGGGAUUUAGGUAGACAUUUUACUAAUUCACAUCCUAAUUUACCGAAUCCAUAUAAACGUCAGCGGAUUGGGAAAACACAAAAAUGUUGA